GAGUGUGUGAAUAGUGAGACUUUCCCAACAUGUCAUCUGCUUCAAACGCUGCGAAGAGUAUGUUCUACAAGAUCACCCAGCUUCGUUCUACCAUAGGAAUGCCUCCCGUGGUGCGUAAGAACAUGGAGGCUUUGGGGUUGACCAAAAGAUACCAAAUUAAAUACCAGAAAGUUUCCCCUUCGACUGCCCAUAGAUUGAUUAAAGUGAAAGAAUUGGUGAAAGUCGAGUUGGUAGACGAAGCUAAGACGCCGGCGCAAGUGGCUCAAGAAAGAAAGUUUCCUAAAGGAUUCCAAAUUCAAAAAGGUGAAGCUGUUAACAAGUAUGAGUGAAAGAAACUAAGAAAUACAUGAUUGCAUAAGGUUUUAGAGACGGGUGUCAACUUCCCGGGGACACCGUUUGUAUAUACGGGUUUAAUACAAGGAAAUAAGUAUG